AUGCCUAUUGCCAUCACUCCCCCUGAGACCAAGGCCACGACCAUGAUGGGUCUGCCCACUCUUUCCGAGAACAAGAAGCGCAAAAUCAUCUGCUUCUCAGACUUUGAUGGAACCAUCUUCAUGCAAGACACCGGACACAUCCUUUUCGAUAACCACGGCUGCGGCUCUGAGAAGCGUGAAGCCCUUGAUGAGCAGAUCAAGACCGGCGAGCGGUCUUUCCGCGACGUCUCUGAGGAGAUGUGGGGCUCUCUUAAUGUUCCUUUUGAUGAUGGCUUCGAGGUAAUGGAGAAGACCCUUGAGAUCGAUCCGGCCUUUCAAGAGUUUCACAAGUUUUGCAUUGAGAACUCGAUCCCCUUCAAUGUCAUCUCCGCCGGCUUGAAGCCCAUCUUGAGAAAGGUUCUCGACACAUUCUUGGGUGAGGAGGAAUCGGCGCACAUUGAUAUUGUUGCCAACGAGGCCGAGAUUGCUGAGGAUGGCUCGGCGUGGAAACCCAUCUGGCGCCACGACAACGAGCUGGGCCACGACAAGGCCCUCUCCAUGGGUGAGGCCCGCGAGCAGGCCGAGAUGGAGUGCGAAGACGGCACCAUUCCACUCAUCGUGUUCAUCGGCGACGGCGUCUCGGACUUGCCCGCUGCCCGCCAGGCUGAUGUGCUUUUUGCGCGCAGGGGCCUGAGAUUGGAGGAGUACUGCGUCGAGAACAACAUCUCCUACAUUGCAUUCGACACGUUUGCGGAUAUCCAGAGGGAGAUCCGGCGAAUCAGGGAGGAGGACGAGAAGAAGACGGGCGGCAAGGGUAUGCCCGCGGCCUUCAACCCCCGUGCCAACAUGUGGCGCCGCAUGUCCAGCAAGUCCGCCAUCCCACGCAUGGUUGCCAUGUCGCCUCAAGAGGAAAAGAUGCUCCUCUGGCCGGAUGUCUUUAGUGUCAUGUCACCCAGCAUCGAGAAAACCAUGGCGCAACCGGUACUGGCAUAA